AUGGCCUUCAGAACGAUUCUGCUUGUUUGUACGAUAGGAUUUCUUCGUCAGAUUUCGGCAGACAAGAUCGAGUUAACGGACAAUUGUCACCAACCAAAUCGGCUGGACAUUGAUGUUUGUCAGAAACAAGCAAUCACUAACCCUACUUCAAGCGACACAGGACCUCUGGAAACACCGUCAGAGAGUUGUCCCAAGACAAGGGUUCCAUUUCACCCAGAGGAAUAUCCAGAUGAAGAAAAACACCAUGUGCAUCCAGCCCUGACUCCCAGCCUGUUCUCAAACGUGCCACCGACCAUCAACUUCGUGCUGCCGGAUGAAGAUGUUGAUAUGUUGAAUCCUCGGAUAAGAGACCUGUUGAAGGUUUAUGGCAAGAGGAACGAUAUUGCUUUAGAGCUGGCUCUCACAGUUGGUUUCGCACCUACCAAAGAUGUUCAGAAAUGGACGUUGUAUUUUCAUGAACCAAUCAAAUCUGAGGAAAUGGAAAAAUAUCUAAACGUUUCUCCGCAACAGAAGUUCAGAUUCAUUCCGGACAGUUGGACAAUCGGAUGCAAAGACAGACUGACGCGGAAUUUACAAACCAUGGCGCUGAUUCACGGGGGAAAAGAAUAUGACUUUUAUCCAACUACCUUCCUUCUUCCUGCUGACGUCAACCAGCUUCGACAGUUUUCACACAGCAGCACUGAAGACCAUGUCUGGAUUGUCAAACCGUAUUGUUACAGUAAAGCAAGGGGAAUAUAUAUGACACAAAAGUGGCAAGACGCCAACAAGUACAGAAAUGCUGUCGUACAAAGGUAUGUCCCCAACCCUUUCCUCAUCAAAGGGUACAAGUUCGAUUUGCGGAUUUACGUGGAAGUGACUUCGGUGGACCCAUUACGGAUAUACAUAUAUCCAGAAGGUCUAGUUAGAUUUGCCUCCGAAAAGUUUUCGAUGAAGAACGUCUACAAUAAAUUCGCACAUUUAACAAACUUUCUUGUCAAUAGUGAGAAGAAGGGUUUCCGCAUCGAUCGUGAGAUGCAAGAAGGACACACUUGCGGGGAGGCUGACAUGCGCAAAGCAGUCAAGUCCUACCUAAAGAGCAGAUACAGCGUCCAUGAACUCUUUGGCUUCGACGUUCUUCUGGACGCUAACCUUAAACCGUGGGUGCUAGAGGUCAACGUUUAUCCUAACUUGGGUCGUAACUUCACCAAGGUACACGUACCGUUGUUAAAGGAUGUGCUGAACCUUGUUGGUAUACAGAUUCCCUUUGUUGGGAACAGGGAGUUUCGAUCGCAGUUGGGACCGGAAAGAAAGUCAAGCGUUCCUAAACACCUUACUAUGGACCACAGGCUGUGGGUGCAGACACUGUCCGCGGAGGCCCAGGAGAAGCAUGAAUACUACACGCAAAAUCUUAGUGAGACCCAACAACAAACCAUAUUAGACAACCUGGCAGCAGAUGACGUGCGGAUGCUGAUAGAGACAAUAGACGAAGACAACAGAAAAGGACAGUUUGAAAGAAUAUUUCCUGGUCCAGAUACCGGGAAAUACCUACGAUUCUUUGAACAACCAAGGUACUACAACCUACUUCUUCACCAGUGGAUCAGCCGUUACCAUGACAACCAAGAAGCAGGGAGGGACAUUCUGGAGUCGCUGUGCCGCCAGUUCAAACAUGUUGAAGCAUGA